AUGGUUGCGCUUUGCUCUGCUGUGCUGUGCUGUGCUGUGCUUCGAUGUGCUGUGCGUGGCUGUGUUGUGCUGUGCUAUGCUGUGCUGUGCGGUGCUGUGUGGUGCUGUGCUGUGAUGUGUGGUGCUGUGCUGUGCAGGGCUGCGCUUUGCUCUGCUGUUCUAUGCUGUGCUGUACUGAGCUGCGCUGUGCUAUGCUGUGCUAUGCUGUGCUGUGCUGUGCUGACUGGCCUGUGCUGUGCUGUGCUUUGCUGCGCUGUGUUGCGCUGUUAUGUGCUGUGCUGUUCUGUGCUUCGCUGUGCUGUGCUGCGCUGUGUUGUGCUGUGCUGUGCUGUGCGGUGCUAUGCUGUGCUAUGCUAUACUGAGCUGUGCUGUGCUUCGAUGUGCUGUGUGGUGCUGUGCGGUGCUGUGCUGUUCUGUGCUGUGCUGUGCUGUGCUGUACUGGCCUGUGCCGGGCUGUGCUGGCCUGUGCUGUGCUGUGCUGCGCUGUGCUGUGCUGUGCGGUGUAAUGCUGUGCUAUGCUGUACUGAGCUGUGCUGUGCUUCGAUUUGCUGUGUGUUGCUGUGCAGUGCUGUGCUGUUCUGUGCUGUGCUGUGCUGUACUGGCCUGUGCCAGGCUGUGCUGGCCUGUGCUCUGCUGUACUGUGCUUUAAUGGACUGUGCUGGGCUGUGCUAUGAUGUGCUGAGCUGUGCUGUGCUUUAA